AUGCUGCCACUAUUCCGCCACGGUGCGCCACGACAUGCCGCCGCUGCAUGCAGAACGUUCACCAGCACGGCCCAGCGGCCAUCAAAGAUUGGGAUGCUGCCCGUCAUCAUUCCCGCCGAAGUUGAGCUAACACGCCUGCCCCCCCCGAAAUCGACGAAUCCACGGGACCGCCCAAUUGGGUCUAUGAUCGUCAAAGGACCCCUCGGCACGCUAACACUCCCGCUGCCCCCCUACCUGACCAUCAGCACCGAGCCCAUCCCCGCCACCACCUCCACGCGCGCCACCAUCAGCGUCGCCGACGCCACAAUCCGCGAGCAGCGCGAAAUGUGGGGGACCACACGCAGCGUGCUGCAGAACCUCGUGCUGGGCGUGACGGAGGGGCACAGCGUGAUCCUGCGUCUGGUGGGCGUGGGGUACCGUGCGACGGUCGAGAAGGGCGGCACGAUACUGAACCUCAAGGUGGGGUUCUCGCACCCCGUGGAGCUGCCGGUGCCGGAGGGGGUCAAGUGUCAGGUGCCCAUGCCCACGAGGAUACUGCUGGAGGGGUGUGAUAAGAUCAAGAUUAAGGACUUUGCGGCGGUGGUGAGGGAGUGGAGGAAGCCGGAGCCGUAUAAGGGCAAGGGUAUAUUUGUGGGCGAUGAGACGAUCAAGUUGAAGGUUAAGAAGGUUAAAUAG